GCGCUGCGCUGCCCUGCCCAGCCCGCCAGCCGCGCGUCCCGGUGCCCGCGCCCCACGGCCACAGCCUUGCUGCGCUAUAACGCACGGAGCAUGUGCAGACCCGCAGGCGCCGAGGUGCUAUCUGUCCGGCGGGCUUCUGAGCAGUGGUGACUGUCACGCGUAGAGAGACCUUUCGGGGGCUCUCGCCGCGGCUCUGCGUAGCGGGUGACACUGCGGUGCUCGCAAUCAGGGCGGCAGCUGCCUCUCGGUGAAGACGUCUUGGGCUCCGUGCGCCCUCCCUCUCCCCACUAUCGUUCUUUCCUUUCCCCAGCUGCUCGCUCCUUAGCUCGCCCGCUCACACCCGCAGCCUCCCUGAGCGGGAGGCGUGGGUCCCCGCCGCUUCUCUUCCGAAGGGGCCUCCUCACUUCGGAGAUGCAGUGACAAGUUAAUAUGGGCGUCCAAGCCUCGAGUUCCCAGGAGGAGAAUCGCAGGAGGCAACAGCUCCUGAGCACCCGGAGCCCUUGAACAGGCCGCCCAGGAGGGGCGUGAAACCCGGCUGCAGCAUCCGUCCAGGUGGGACCAGCUGAGCGCCGCGACCAAGGCGAGCUCGCCGGAUUGCUCCGAGAUCCCCGACCCGGGGAUAUUUUUUUCUUUCCCUCGGCUAGUGGUGGGCGCCUCUCGGGCCGAAGCCCGGCGCCUGCUCUGCUGCCCGCGCUGCCUUUAGCGGUCGCCUCCGCCGCCGCUGCCAGGGACGUGCUGGGAAAGCCGAAGCCCCGGGAGAAGAUGCCGGCCAUCCUGGUCGCCUCCAAAAUGAAGUCGGGACUGCCCAAACCCGUGCACAGCGCCGCGCCCAUCCUGCACGUGCCCCCAGCCCGGGCGGGCCCCCAGCCCUGCUACCUCAAGUUAGGAAGCAAGGUGGAGGUGAGCAAGACCGCCUACCCUAGCCAGAUCCCCCUGAAAUCGCAGGGGCUGCAGGAGCCGGCGGGGGAGGGGCUCCCGCUGCGGAUGAGCGGCUCGGUGGAAAACGGGUUCGAUACCCAGAUCUACACGGACUGGGCCAAUCACUAUCUAGCCAAAUCAGGCCACAAACGUCUCAUCAAGGAUCUCCAGCAAGAUGUGACGGACGGCGUCCUCCUGGCCCAGAUUAUCCAGGUUGUGGCAAAUGAGAAGAUUGAAGACAUCAAUGGCUGUCCAAAGAACAGAUCGCAAAUGAUUGAAAACAUAGAUGCCUGCUUGAAUUUCCUGGCGGCUAAGGGAAUAAACAUCCAGGGGCUGUCUGCAGAAGAAAUCAGGAAUGGAAACCUCAAGGCCAUUCUAGGCCUCUUCUUCAGCCUCUCCCGGUACAAGCAGCAGCAGCAGCCCCAGAAGCCGCACCUCCCCUCGCCACUGCUGCCCGCCGUGUCCCCGGCGGCCGGGGCCCCCUCCCAGUGCCAGGCUGGCGCUCCUCAGCAACAGGUGCCCGCCGCUCCCCAAGCCCCGUGCCAGCCUCACCAGCCAGCGCCACACCAGCCGUCAAAAGCACAAGCUGAGAUGCAGUCCAGACUUCCAGGUCCUACCGCGAGGGUAUCCGCUGCAGGCAGCGAGGCCAAAACACGCGGAGGGUCAGCCACUGCUAACAACCGACGGAGCCAGAGCUUUAACAACUAUGACAAGUCCAAACCGGUCACCUCCCCACUCCCACCCCCACCAGCAAGCAGCCAUGAGAAAGAGCCUUUGGUGAGUCCGGCCCCCUCCCACCCCGGAAUGAGCGAAGAUGCACCUGCUGCUUUGGAGGGCGUCGGCUGCGCCCCUGCUAAUUGCGGCGCCUCCUCGGCCAUCCCCCAGCCCGGCACGGCCUCCAAGCCCUGGCGCAGCAAGUCGGUCAGUGUGAAGCACAGCGCCACGGCUGCCACGCUCACGGUCAAGCCUCCUGCACCCGAGGCCCCCAGGCCCACCCCCGAAGCCCUGAAGCCAGCCCCCAACAAUCAGAGGUCCAUGCUGGAAAAACUGAAACUUUUCAACAGCAAGGGGGCUUCCAAGGUGGGUGAGGGCCCGGGGUCACGGGAUACAAGCUGCGAGCGGCUGGAGAUCCUGCCCAGCUUCGAAGAGAGCGAAGAGAUGGAGGCCGGCGGUCGCCCGCUGUCCGCGGCGGGCCCCACCUCCAACAGCCCCAAGAUCGCGCUCAAGGGCAUUGCCCAGAGAACUUUCAGCCGGGCGCUGACCAACAAGAAGAGUUCCCCGAAAGGCAGCGAGAAGGAAAAGGAGAAACAGCAGCGGGAGAAGGAGAAGGAGAAAAGCAAGGACCUCGCCAAGAGAGCCUCGGUGACAGAGAGGCCGGACCUCAAGGAGGGGCCGAGAGAAGACCUCAGCGGGGUGGCGGUGACCGAGAUGCCAAAAAAGUCCUCCAAGAUAGCCAGCUUCAUCCCCAAAGGGGGGAAGCUCAACAGUGCCAAGAAGGAGGCCCCGGCCCCUUCCCACAGUGGGAUACCAAAACCAGGAAUGAAGAGCAUGCCUGGGAAAUCCCCAAGUGCCCCCGCGCCUUCCAAGGACGGGGAACGCAGCCGGGGUGGGAAGCCGAGCUCCGGGCUCCCCCAGCAGAGGCCCCAGCUGGACGGCAGACACUCCAGUUCCUCCUCCAGCCUGGCGUCCUCGGAAGGCAAAGCCCCAGGAGGGACCACUCUGAAUCACAGCAUCAGCAGCCAGACUGUCAGUGGGUCCGUCGGGACCGCCCAGACCACGGGAAGCAAUACUGUCAGCGUCCAGCUACCUCAGCCCCAGCAAUACAGCCACCCCAACACUGCCACGGUGGCGCCUUUCCUGUACAGGUCCCAGACAGACACCGAAGGGAAUGUUACUGCCGAGUCCAGCUCAGGGGGUGUGACCGUGGAGCCGAGCCACUACACCAAGAGUGGACAGCCUGCCCUGGAGGAACUCACUGGGGAAGAUCCCGAGGCUCGGCGCCUGCGGACGGUGAAGAACAUCGCUGAUCUGCGGCAGAAUUUGGAGGAGACCAUGUCCAGUUUACGGGGAACUCAGGUUACACACAGCACAUUGGAAACCACGUUUGACACCAAUGUCACCACGGAGAUCAGCGGGCGCAGUAUCCUCAGCUUGACGGGCAGGCCCACUCCCCUGUCCUGGAGGCUCGGCCAGUCCAGCCCUCGGCUGCAGGCGGGAGACGCCCCCUCGAUGGGCAACGGGUACCCGCCCCGAGCCAACGCCAGCCGCUUCAUCAACACGGAGUCGGGCCGCUACAUGUACUCUGCCCCCCUGCGGAGGCAGCUGGCCUCCAGGGGCAGCAGCGUCUGCCACGGGGACGUCUCGGACAAGGCAGGAGAUGAGAUGGACUUGGAGAGCAUAAGCAUGGACGCCCCCGGCUACAUGAGCGACGGGGACGUUCUGAGCAAGAACGUGCGGGCGGACGACAUCACGAGCGGGUACAUGACCGAUGGUGGACUUGGCCUCUACACCCGCCGCCUGAACCGGCUCCCUGAUGGGAUGGCUGUGGUGCGGGAGACCCUGCAAAGAAACACCUCCCUGGGCCUCGGAGAUGCUGACAGCUGGGAUGACAGCAGCUCCGUCAGCAGCGGGAUCAGCGACACCAUAGACAACCUCAGCACGGAUGACAUCAACACCAGCUCCUCCAUCGGCUCCUAUGCCAACACGCCUGCCUCCUCGCGUAAGAGCCUGGAUGUCCAGACCGACGCUGAGAAGCACUCACAGGUGGAGAGGAAUUCCCUGUGGUCCGGCGAUGACGUCAAGAAGUCAGACGGAGGGUCAGACAGCGGCAUAAAGAUGGAGCCGGGGUCGAAGUGGAGGCGGAAUCCUUCUGAUGUGUCUGACGAGUCCGACAAAAGCACGUCGGGCAAGAAGAACCCCGUCAUCUCUCAGACAGGCUCGUGGCGGCGAGGCAUGACAGCUCAGGUGGGCAUCACCAUGCCGAGGACGAAGCCGGCUGCCCCGGCAGGCACGCUGAAGACCCCAGGAACUGGAAAAACAGAUGAUGCAAAGGUGUCUGAGAAAGGAAGGCUGUCUCCCAAAGCCUCCCAGGUGAAGCGCUCCCCGUCAGAUGCUGGCCGCAGCAGUGGGGAUGAAUCCAAGAAACCCCUCCCCGGCAGCUCCAGGACGCCCACUGCCAACGCCAACAGCUUUGGGUUCAAGAAGCAGAGUGGCUCUGCCGCUGGUUUGGCCAUGAUCACAGCCAGUGGGGCCACUGUCACCAGCAGGUCAGCCACACUGGGCAAAAUCCCGAAGUCGUCCGCACUUGUCGGUCGGUCCACCGGUCGGAAGACGAGCAUGGAUGGGGCUCAGAAUCAGGAUGAUGGGUAUCUGUCUCUUAGCUCCCGGACAAAUUUACAGUACCGGAGUCUGCCAAGGCCCAGUAAAUCCACCAGCCGGAAUGGGGCUGGGAACAGGUCUAGUACCAGCAGCAUAGAUUCCAACAUCAGUAGCAAGUCAGCAGGCCUGCCGGUGCCCAAGCUGAGGGAGCCUUCCAAGACAGCCCUGGGCAGCUCUCUGCCAGGUCUGGUCAACCAGACCGAUAAGGAGAAAGGCAUCUCAUCCGACAACGAGAGCGUGGCUUCCUGUAACUCAGUGAAGGUGAACCCGGCAGCCCAGCCUGUGUCUAGUGCGGCUCAGGCCACUCUCCAGCCAGGGGCCAAGUACCCUGAUGUGGCCUCUCCCACGCUCCGCAGACUCUUUGGUGGGAAGCCUACCAAGCAAGUGCCCAUCGCCACAGCCGAAAACAUGAAAAACUCGGUGGUCAUCUCCAACCCUCAUGCCACCCUGAGCCAGCAAGGUAACUUAGAGUCCCCCUCGGGCAGCGGCGUCCUGAGCAGCGGCAGCAGCAGCCCUCUCUACAGUAAGAACGCAGACAGCACCCAGUCCCCCCUGGCCUCCAGCCCCAGCUCCGCCCACUCGGGCCCCUCCAACAGCCUCACGUGGGGCACCAACGCCAGCAGCUCCUCGGCCGUUAGCAAGGACGGCCUGGGCUUCCAGUCGGUCAGCAGCCUCCACACCAGUUGCGAGUCCAUUGACAUCUCCCUGGGCAGCGGAGGGGCGCUGAGUCACAACUCCUCCACCGGCCUCAUUGCCGCCUCUAAGGAUGACGCCCUGACCCCCUUUGUCAGAACCAACAGUGUGAAGACCACACUGUCGGAAAGCCCUCUCUCUUCCCCUGCCGCUAGCCCUAAGUUCUGCAGAAGUACUCUGCCCAGGAAACAGGACAGUGACCCGCACCUUGAUAGGAACACUUUGCCUAAAAAAGGACUCAGGUACACCCCCACCUCCCAGCUUCGCACACAAGAAGACGCAAAAGAAUGGUUACGGUCCCACUCUGCAGGAGGCCUGCAGGACACGGCCGCCAACUCUCCUUUCUCCUCUGGCUCCAGUGUAACUUCUCCCUCCGGAACAAGAUUCAACUUUUCUCAGCUUGCGAGUCCCACCACUGUCACCCAGAUUAGCUUGUCCAACCCGACCAUGCUGAGGACCCACAGCCUCUCCAACGCCGACGGGCAGUACGACCCGUACACGGACAGCCGCUUCCGGAACAGCUCCAUGUCCCUGGACGAGAAGAGCCGAACCAUGAGCCGCUCGGGCUCAUUCCGGGAUGGGUUUGAAGAAGAACUUGGGGAGAAAACUACAGUGGGCAUCUUCAUCAGCCAUCUUCCUAACUCAGUUCAUUUCUCUUUCCUACUUCAGUCAAAGUGUGAGUUAGUUCAUGGAUCCUCACUCUCCUUGGUUUCCAGCACGUCAUCAAUUUAUUCUACACCAGAAGAAAAAUGCCAGUCAGAGAUUCGCAAACUACGGCGGGAGCUGGAUGCCUCCCAGGAGAAGGUUUCCGCUUUGACCACCCAGCUGACAGCAAAUGCUCACCUUGUGGCGGCCUUUGAACAGAGUCUUGGAAACAUGACAAUCAGGCUCCAGAGCUUGACCAUGACGGCCGAGCAGAAGGAUUCAGAACUGAAUGAGUUAAGAAAAACCAUUGAGCUGCUGAAGAAACAGAACGCAGCUGCCCAGGCGGCCAUUAAUGGGGUAAUUAACACCCCAGAGCUCAACUGCAAAGGAAAUGGUACCUCCCAGUCCGCAGACCUCCGUAUCCGCAGACAGCACUCCUCCGACAGCGUCUCCAGCAUCAACAGUGCCACCAGUCACUCCAGCGUGGGCAGCAACAUAGAGAGUGAUUCAAAGAAGAAGAAGAGAAAGAAUUGGGUCAAUGAGUUACGCAGCUCCUUCAAGCAAGCCUUCGGGAAGAAGAAGUCCCCCAAGUCGGCAUCCUCUCAUUCAGACAUUGAGGAGAUGACGGAUUCUUCUCUGCCUUCCUCACCAAAGUUGCCACACAAUGGUCCCAUGGGCUCCACUCCCCUGCUGAGGAACUCUCACUCCAAUUCUCUCAUCUCGGAGUGCAUGGACAGUGAAGCUGAGACGGUCAUGCAGCUCCGAAACGAGCUGAGAGACAAGGAGAUGAAGCUGACCGACAUCCGCCUGGAAGCCCUCAGCUCUGCACACCAGCUGGACCAGCUGCGGGAGGCCAUGAACAGGAUGCAGAGUGAAAUAGAGAAGCUGAAAGCUGAGAACGACCGGCUGAAGUCGGAGUCUCAAGGCAGUGGCUGCAGCCGGGCGCCCUCCCAGGCGUCCCUCUCCACCUCCCCAAGGCAGUCCAUGGGGCUCUCCCAGCACAGCCUGAACCUCGCUGAGUCCAGCAGCCUGGACAUGUUGCUGGAUGACACUGGUGAAUGCCCGGCUCGGAAGGAAGGAGGCAGGCAUGUUAAGAUAGUUGUCAGCUUUCAGGAGGAAAUGAAGUGGAAGGAGGAUUCCAGACCCCACCUCUUUCUCAUCGGCUGCAUUGGAGUUAGUGGCAAGACGAAGUGGGACGUGCUCGACGGGGUAGUUAGACGGCUGUUCAAAGAGUACAUCAUUCACGUCGACCCCGUGAGUCAGCUGGGGCUGAACUCUGAUAGUGUCCUCGGCUACAGCAUUGGGGACAUCAAGCGCAGCAACACCUCCGAGACCCCCGAGCUUCUGCCCUGUGGCUACCUGGUUGGAGAGAACACAACCAUCUCUGUGGCCGUCAAAGGGCUCGCGGAGAACAGCCUGGACUCGCUGGUGUUCGAGUCCCUGAUCCCCAAGCCCAUCCUGCAGCGCUACGUCUCCCUGCUGGUGGAGCAUCGGCGGAUCAUCCUCUCCGGGCCCAGCGGCACUGGGAAGACCUACCUGGCCAACCGGCUGUCAGAGUACCUGGUGCUCCGGGAGGGACGGGAGCUGACAGACGGGGUCAUCGCCACCUUCAACGUGGACCACAAGUCCAGCAAGGAAUUGCGCCAGUACCUGUCCAACCUCGCCGACCAGUGCGCCAGCGAGAACAACGCUGUGGACAUGCCUCUGGUCAUCAUCCUGGACAACCUGCAUCAUGUCAGCUCCCUGGGCGAGAUCUUCAACGGGCUGCUCAACUGCAAGGACCACAAAUGCCCUUAUAUAAUUGGCACAAUGAACCAGGCUACCUCUUCUACUCCCAACUUGCAGCUUCAUCAUAACUUCAGGUGGGUGCUGUGUGCCAACCACACGGAGCCCGUGAAGGGUUUCCUGGGCCGGUUCCUGAGGCGGAAGCUCAUGGAGACGGAGAUCGGUGGGCGGGUACGGAACGUGGAGCUGGUGAAAGUCAUCGACUGGAUUCCCAAGGUCUGGCAUCACCUCAACCGCUUCCUGGAGGCUCACAGCUCCUCGGACGUCACCAUAGGCCCCCGGCUCUUCCUGUCGUGCCCCAUCGACGUGGAUGGUUCCAGGGUGUGGUUCACCGACCUGUGGAACUACUCAAUCAUCCCCUAUCUCCUGGAAGCCGUCAGAGAAGGACUCCAGCUGUAUGGAAGGCGGGCCCCCUGGGAGGACCCCGCCAAGUGGGUGAUGGACACCUAUCCUUGGGCAGCCAGCCCUCAGCAGCACGAGUGGCCUCCCCUCCUGCAGCUCCGGCCCGAGGAUGUCGGCUUCGACGGCUACUCCAUGCCUCGGGAGGGGUCAACCAGCAAGCAGAUGCCCCCCAGCGACACUGACGGAGACCCGCUGAUGAACAUGCUGAUGAGGCUGCAGGAAGCUGCCAACUACUCCAGCCCCCAGAGCUAUGACAGCGACUCCAACAGCAACAGCCACCGCGACGACAUCCUGGACUCGUCCCUGGAGUCCCCUCUGUGACGGCCGGACCGCGGGGCCUGCCCUCCUGAGCCAGCCCCCGGCCUCGGCGCGAGUGCCGCGCGAAGACCCGGACCCUCCUCGUCCUCCAGCCUCGACCUGGGUGCAGGCACCCCGGGCCAGCCGCCUCGGGCCCGCUUCCUUCACGGGGAGAACCGCACCAUCUUCUGUGUCAAUUAUUGUCCUGCCUUGUUGCUGUGACCUUCCUAAGACACCGAAAGAUACUUCUCCGGAAAGGACCAUCACCGUUGAAAUGAAAAGGGUUUUAAACAAAAAAGCCAACCCACUUGAAGCUCUGAAACCAAACAGCAUCCUGCCCUCAGCGGCCCAGAGACAGAAGAGAUUAGAGCAGAGCUGAAAGCGGAGACAGCAGGGCUUCCUCCGCGCACAGACCCUGCAGCUCCAACCCCGCCGCCGCCCUUCCGCCACACCGGCCACACAGAGAUCCGACGCCAGCCGGGGCCCUUGCUUCCGCCACACUCAACAAACUGCAGAGCCGCAUCGCAGGAAAAACUUAGGAAAAACAAAUCGUGCUUUCUCUUUGGUUUGUUUUUUAAAUGGUGCUCUCCUUACCCGAGAGGUAUUUUGCCUGUUCCGGUUCCUCCCCCGCCUUUCAGACCCAUCAGCCUCUGGUUCUUCCAUAAGUGAGAGCGAGGCCGAGCGGUUGUGGCUAUAAACGCAGAGCUGCAUGUGUCUGUCUCCUUCUCGUACAGAAAUGAAUCAGGUCUUAUUCCUGCUAACACUGUGUACAGUGAGAAUUGGUCUACCUUGGCGAACCGAUCACCCCUUUGAAAAUGAGGUUGAGUUUCUCCCUUUCUGACUGUUUUGAUUUUGAAGACUUUUUUCCCCUCUCCUUCCCCUCAUGGUCAGAAUCCAUCCUUUGGUGAACGUGAGAACCGCAGGAGUUGGCUUUUGGUUUGGUCCUGCUGAGUUUUGGUUUUCAGUUGUCCAUCCUCACAGUUCUGCACACUCGCUGCCUCCUGCUGGGGCCGGGGUCGCUGUGCCCUUGACAGUGGACCAGGACCCCGUCCUCAGCGCGUGGGUGAGCGGGACCUUGCCUUUCCUCCUCGUCCUCGAGGCUGCAGGACACACGUCGACACCUCCAGCAUGCCAGCCCCGACCUCAGGUGGGGUGUGAGGUCACCUCGCAAAACACUUGCACUUUCCCCAGAACCAACGUGACGUCACACAAGUCAACAGGUGGAGGCAGCUGCUCCCUUCCAGAAGCUCUGGCCUCCAGCGGACGAGCCUUGCCUGACCUCUUCGGUGCUGACCUUCCCAAAGCGAUGCCUUAACUGGUUUUGUACUCACCGUGUUCAUUGAUGAGUGUCGUGCCUGCCUGGGGUCUGUUUUUCUGUUUUCCCCAUCAGAGCAAACAGGGCUAACAAGUCAUCUACUCACUAGAAGAACUCAAGCUAAUGUGACUUUUCUCAUCCAAAAGACUCAUUCGUGUGGAUGUGUGACUGUGGGAAAAAGAAAAAGGAAAAAAAAAAAAAAAGAUCUUUUUGGUUUUAGGUUCUUAUCAGUCUCCAGCUAACGCCCUGACUAGAUGACGAUCUGUCUUGUGCAGGAAAAGGCAAAAGUUCCUACCAUGUUACAUGACAUCGUUGAGCCCAUGCUCUGCUCGUAUGUGUCUUCAGCAUACCGGUAUUUUCUCUACGGAGUGUGGUCAAUCUUUGAGUCAUUUGUUUCUGUUUUAUUUUUAUCGGACCCCCAUGGGGGGAGUCUCUGUUAAUGAUCAGGGGUUUUACUCCAUUUUUUUUACAUUUCUAUUUCCAAAGGUCCCUCUCUCAACAUCUUUUAUUUUCUUAACCACAAGAGCUUGACCUGAAACCAGUCACAUUACAUUGGAUGACACCAUUUGCUUCCUCUUUGAAGGGAAAAGGGGAAUGUGUCUAACAGGUGAAUGGAAAACCUCUCAGCGUGCUCUUUUCUUUAAUCUCAGUAAACUCAGACUCUAUUCUGCUAAGCCUUCCUUAGUCAUCUGGGUGUGUGAGUGUGUCUUGUUCUGUUUUGUUUUUCAUAACAUGUUUAAAGCAUGUAUUUAGCCUGUGACCUCAGGGGUCAGUCACACCCUGAGCCUUCUGGUAAACCUGAAGAAUGGUCCUUCUCAAUUUAUCUCCCAGCAAUGACCUUACACACUCAUACUGUGAAUUUGGGAGGAGGUAAAAUGGACUUCUCCUCAUGGGCAGUUUUCCCGGUCACCUUGUGAGUAGACACCUGCCAAUAUCCUUUGAAACGUUUUUUGGUUUUGUUUUUCGUUUUUUUUUUUUUUACAGCACCCUCUUUUCUCUUUCUUUUCUCCCCCGUCCCACAGACUUCCCUCCCACCGGGUCCAGGCUCAGCGCCGAGACCUCUGUCCCUGGUGCUGCCUGACAAGUGAACGGUGGUUUCAAGGAGUGUAGCCUUGUUCGAGUCACAACUCGGGGUCUUUCCUACAGUUUCCGGAAGCAGGGUUGUCUGAUAUGCACAUUUCUUACUUUGGUCCUGUUCUGCUUUUGUGUCGCUCACCUUUGACAAAGUGACUGUGCUCAUUUAGGGCUCUGUCCGAAAUGCUUCCACUUUGCCUUUUUCUACAGUUAGGCUAAUUUUGAAAAUGUAUGAAAUUCUAUGCAACAUUUGUGUUGAGUUACCAAUGGAAGCCAAAAGUUUUCUUUCCAAACUGCCAAGAAUUUUACAGGCCAUAAGUGAGAUGGGAAUUCCCUUUAGUUUAAGGUGGUGGGUGGGCAGGGGGGGACACGGAACGAGACUUGCCUAGACCUUUGUUGUAUCUUGGGGACAUAUUUUAUUGUUGAUGCUUAAACUUCAAAAUUCUGUGUAUUCGAAUUUGAUAAUGGCGAAUCUACUUCAAAAGGAGAAAAUAAUCCAACUUUGUGGAUACGAAAUGGAAGGUUUGCUGUUUUGAUCUAGUUAUUUCCAGUGGAGCAGUUUAUGAAAUAUGUUCUAUAAGAUGUACAUUUUUUCAUUGUAACAUAGAAAUUGUAAAUAAUUGAUUAAAGUGCUGCAUUUUGAUGAAUUUUUUCUAGCCAUUUUUAAAGAGAAAACUAGGAAUUGAGUAUUUUGUGUACGGUAUGUUUCCGUCCUCCCUCCCCGUCCGCCGUCCCUCCCUAUUUAAUUUUCAUUUGUCAUGAGGUUUUUGGAUUUGCCAAUGAUCUGCUGGAGAUCAUGCCCCACAUCAUAGAGGAUAAAGCUGAUGAUUGUACCAGUCUUAAAUUAUUCAUGAUUGAAUAAAAUUGAUGCUUAUUUAUUCAGA